AUGAAGGUUUUGAUUCCUAAAGCUAAGAACAACUCAGUUCUAGUAGAAAGUGGAGGUGAGGUGAAAGAACAGGAAGUAAACGUUGUAAAUGAGGAAACUGUGGAGGAUGCUCUAAUGGAAAUUGGUAUAGUAAAGGAGAUGGUACAAGCUGAGGUAUCAGGUGUGGCAACUAGCCUAGAGCGAGAGAUGGUUCAAAUCGAGGUGAAAGAGGAUUUAAUGGCAAUUGCCCUAGUGUAG